GCGGCAUCUUUCCGUAUCCAAUUUUGCAAUUUUUAUAAGAAAGAAGCAAAAGAAAUGAAAACCCAAAAUCUUUAAUAGAAAGAAGACUCUGUUCAUGGCGGCGCUACUGGGUUUGAAUUUUUCUUUCAUUUAUAUAGUCGUUGGUUCUCCAAUUGAUUUUUCCAUGAUGGGUUGCUGAGAUAUCAUCGAAAGAGAAAAUUUUGUUAGGUCGUUCGUGCGAAAUUCACCAGAGUCAGCGGUUGAAUUUUAAGCUUUCAUGUGCUUAUUGAAGGUGGCGAACCCAGGAGAUACAGGGGAGUAUGAAAGGUAUUCGACGAUGGUCGAUGAGGGAGACACCGAUGAAGGUUCCUCUCAGCAGCCACCGCCACCACUACCACCACCACCACUACUAUCGUCGUCGCCGCUACAACAGGGUAUUGUAACAGUAUCGGCAGCAUCGAUGUUUUCGGGUUACAAUCAAGAAAGAGAGAUGUCGGCGAUGGUAUCGGCUCUAACUCAUGUUGUUUCAGGUGGAGGAUUGAUGUAUCAAUCGGAUUUUAGUUCUUAUGUUCCAUCAACAAGUUUAGGUUCUGCUUCUGCAGCUUCACUUUCACCUUCAUAUAUUACUAUUUCCUCAUCUUCAUGGGGUAGUGUUGGACAGAAGAGAGGACGUGAUGAGGAAACUAGUGGUCAGCUUUCUGAUUCACUUAUGAGGCUCUACAGAGGUUUUGGUGAUUUCAGAACUUCACAAGGAGAAUCCUCCUCUGUUGUUGCAGUGAAAGAAGAAGGUCAGAGCUCUAUAACGACAACUACUGCAGUGGCAACUCCAUCCAUUACCAAUACCAGAGAAGAUCAGAGAGCUUCUUAUGGAGAAGGGGAGGGAGAGAGGAGGAGAAGAUACAGAGGAGUAAGACAAAGGCCAUGGGGUAAAUGGGCAGCAGAAAUAAGGGAUCCACACAAGGCUGCAAGAGUUUGGUUAGGGACAUUCGAUACAGCAGAAGCAGCUGCAAGAGCUUACGAUGAAGCUGCUCUUAGAUUCAGAGGGAACAGAGCAAAACUCAACUUCCCAGAAAACGUUAGAUUGAUGCCUCCAACGCCAAUUUUUCCAGGUACCCAGUUAACCGUUUCGGAACCUCCAACGACCCUUUUGCCAUCUUCUCAAACGCAUCAGCAAUUUAUGCAGUCUCAACCGCUUCAGCAUCAGUUACAGAUUUCUGAUUUAAGUGGAGAUUACAAUGAAUAUUCACAGUUGCUUCAGAGCUCUCUUGAUUUUCAGAGACAGCCCACAAGUCUGUUAGAGCAGAUGCUAUAUUCUUCACCUUACGUUGCUGCUUCACAUUCUUCUUCUGUCACAUCUUCGAUUUCCUCUCCAUCUUCUGCAUCGUUUCCUCUGCUUUUCGAUAGUCAUCAACAGAUGGGUUAUUUCAGGCAUCCACAACAGAGUCGUGAACAUGGUGGUUCUUCAAGUUUUCCAACACUUCCGUGGACGGAUUCCGAACAUUAUCCCUCAUCAUCUUCAAGUUGAUUUGUGCUUUUUUUUUUUUUUUGGGUUCUGAUUUCAUUUCCUGUUUUUAUUUCCUUUUAUGAUUUUGAUGCGUUUGGUACGGAUUACCAACACUGUUCUAUUGAUUUUUCUUGCUUAAAGAAAUAGGAUUAUUUAAAAAGGAAAAAAAUGAGAAGAUGAAAACAGACAUUGUUAUAGCCUAA